AAUAAAGUCGGGUUUGGGGCAUUUUGCCCCCCUUUCCCUGGUUUCAGAUGAACAAGGACGGUGGUCGGGUGUUGGCUCGGUUAUCGUCUACGACUUUCUGCGGCGAAGGAUUGGAUUCUAUGAAAUGAAAGUACGACCCCCUAGCAUAGAACGAUUAUAUAUAUAUAACAGGAGGAAUUUGGGAACCGACUACAAGUAAACCACUAGAGAGGUCUAUGUAACCUGGCGGACUCAGAAGGAGCUCUCUUUCCAAGCGACGGCGAUUUUUGAUUCCAGCGUUUGAGGUGUUAAAUGGUUAACUUAUUUCUGUCUGAAUCUUAUUGGGCUGGUGAUGGGGACAUUGAGUCUGUUAAGCAACUGAUAUCCCUGUUAAACAAGCUGCAGUCAGUUAUCUGGUCCCUUCUUAUGUCAUGUGGAGGCCGUUCUGAGGCUCGAUUAUGGCUUUGCAACAAUCUUUCAAGCUUAAAGUCUAUUACUCCCCACCAUUAUCGCGGGCUAUUUGUGAAGAUAUUGAGAUCCAAGCCACUGAAGCGGAGCCUAGCAACUCAAGUUUUGCAAAUGAUCUUUGAGAAGCACCCACAGAAAGCAGGGUCUAUCCUAGCCAAGAAAAGUCACCUUCUGGAGGAUUUUUUCAAGAAAAAUCCAAGGAGAAUCUUGCAAUGGUUUUCUAAUUUUUCGAAUAGUGGGAAUUUGGGGCAUAAAAAAGGUGCCAAGGCAUUGUCUCAAUUUGCUUUUGUCAAUCGUGACAUCUGUUGGGAGGAGCUUGAAUGGAAAGGGAAACAUGGACAAUCUCCUGCUGUGGUUGCUACAAAGCCUCAUUACUUCCUUGAUUUGGAUGUCCAAAGAACAGUGGAAAAUUUUCUUGAAAAUGUGCCUGAAUUUUGGUCAUCAAAUGAGUUUUCUGAUUCAUUAGAAGAUGGUGAAAUUUUGUACAUUGAUACAAAAUUUUUUGUAGAUCUUUUCAUUGAUUUGAUGUUCAAGGAAGAUUCAAGUGAAGUAUGGGAAGUCAUAAAUGAAUUUCUUGUGGAAGAAUCUUUCUCUUCUUUAUGUCAACACCUACUUAUUAUUCUUGAAGAAAGAGACUUGCGUGUUUUCUUGGAAUCAUUACGUGGAGUUCUCAAUCGAAGGAUUGAAUCAGUAGAUGUUGGUAACCCACCAGAUUGGCUUGAGAUUAUUCUUUUAAAUAGCAAUGAGUCUGUAUCUAUCGAUCACCUACUCCUCCUAAAUGCAAUUAUAAGUCAGGGGCGCCAGCUUCUGCGCCUUGUACAUGAAGAGGAAGAACAGGAGAAAAGAGCAACAAUCAAAGACCUUGUCAUGCAGAUCUGCACUUUCUCAAGUCAUCUUAGUAGUUUGGCCCCAACAAUAAAAGGAUGCUCUACAGCCCCAGUGAAAUGGUUGGGUAUACUAUCUUGGGCUAUUCAUUACAGAUUAUCAGAGGCAUUCCAGACUCCAGAAUCCUGGGAAUCACUGUUCACCGGUAAUGGUAUAAGUUUUUGCAAGUCCAAUAAAUAUGAGUUGUUACAUCAUGAUGGAUUUUCAGAAGACUGGGAAUCUGAUACGGAUGAAAGAAUUUCAAUUAGAGUCGGACAAAGGAAGCGAGAAAAACAUAGAAAGAAGAGGAGAAAAAACCUGGAUGAUGAUAACUAUGACAUUGCACUACUGGAUCCUGAUACAUCAGAGAAUAGGUUGGGCUUGCAAUCUAGGGCUGGCAGUUGGUUGCUUUCUAUUGAUGGGUACACUACAGAAUGGAGCAGUGCGGAUUUACCAGAACAUCUAUCAAAGCAUUGCUUUUCUACCUGGAUGAAGUGGCUUUUAGCAAGAUGGAGAGACAAGGCAUAGUUCUUUCAGCAUGGACUCGUAAAGGAUUCCAUCUUAUAUGGUUCAAUCGAUCCUCACACAUUCAAAGUGUGAACCUUGGAGGCACGGAGAUAAUGGAACCAUUCAAAGGUCGCUUAGGCUAUUAGUUUGAUAUGUACUUUGCUGAAGACACCCCGAGCCCUUACAACGACCCGUGUUGAUCCUAGUCUGCAAGACGAUGGUCCUCAAGCACUUCAUGGCCUCAUCCGAUGGCAUCUGGCCUUGAGCUGGCAUUCGAGACCGUUUUCGAGUGGUUUACUUGAGUUUUGAAUUGUGUUGACAUUAGUGAGGCAGUUGCAACUUGCAGGUAGAAAGCUCAGGCAGUAACGACACGACAGAGCAUGAAGUAGUUGAUAGUAGGGGACGAGGAACAAGGAACCGUUGCACUAGGCUUUGCUACUCUCUGGUGCAUUUCAAAUGCUCCAUGGAUCCAAUAGAAUGACCACAAAAUGAUCACUUAUUUGGGUACCGAACGGCAAGUCAAGGCGUCUGCCUAAUGUUUGACGCUGGAUCAAUUCAAGCUCUCUACGUGUCUGGUGCUUUUCUAUUUAUUUAGUCUUUUUGGCAUUACCGUGAGCUUUUCGUAAUCGUUCUAAUCGUAAAACUUGCGGGGAAAAAUGUUUAUGUAAUAAUCAUUUAUUUCUUUAGAAA